UGCCGUGCGCGCCUGCGCUGGCUGUCGCUUCGGAGCAGCCAUGAUGGAAGGCCUGGACGACGGCCCCGACUUCCUCUCCGACGAGGACCGCGGACUUAAAGCAAUAAAUGUAGAUCUUCAAAGUGAUGCUGCACUGCAGGUGGACAUUUCUGAUGCUCUCAGUGAGAGAGAUAAAGUAAAAUUCACUGUUCACACAAAGAGUUCAUUACCAAAUUUUAAACAAAAUGAGUUUUCUGUUGUUCGACAACAUGAGGAAUUUAUCUGGCUUCAUGAUUCCUUCGUUGAAAAUGAAGACUAUGCAGGUUACAUUAUCCCUCCAGCCCCACCAAGACCUGAUUUUGACGCUUCAAGGGAAAAACUGCAGAAGCUUGGAGAAGGAGAAGGGUCCAUGACAAAAGAAGAAUUCACAAAGAUGAAACAGGAGCUGGAAGCUGAAUAUUUGGCAAUAUUCAAGAAGACCGUUGCAAUGCAUGAGGUGUUCCUGUGUCGUGUGGCGGCACAUCCCAUUUUGAGAAAAGAUUUAAAUUUCCAUGUCUUCUUGGAAUAUAAUCAAGAUUUGAGUGUAAGAGGAAAAAAUAAAAAAGAGAAACUUGAAGAUUUCUUUAAAAACAUGGUUAAAUCGGCAGAUGGAGUAAUUGUUUCUGGAGUAAAGGAUGUAGAUGAUUUCUUUGAGCAUGAACGAACAUUCCUUUUAGAAUAUCAUAAUCGAGUUAAGGAUGCAUCUGCUAAAUCUGAUAGGAUGACAAGAUCCCACAAAAGUGCUGCAGAUGAUUACAAUAGAAUUGGUUCUUCAUUAUAUGCUUUAGGAACUCAGGAUUCUACAGAUAUAUGCAAGUUUUUUCUUAAAGUUUCAGAACUGUUUGACAAAACAAGAAAAAUAGAAGCACGAGUGUCAGCUGAUGAGGACCUCAAACUUUCUGACCUUUUAAAAUAUUACUUAAGAGAAUCUCAAGCUGCUAAGGAUCUCCUCUAUCGAAGAUCUAGGUCACUAGUGGAUUAUGAAAAUGCUAAUAAAGCACUGGAUAAAGCAAGAGCGAAAAAUAAAGAUGUUCUGCAGGCUGAAACAUCCCAACAAUUAUGUUGUCAGAAAUUUGAAAAAAUAUCUGAAUCUGCAAAACAAGAACUUAUAGAUUUUAAGACAAGAAGAGUUGCUGCAUUCAGGAAAAAUUUAGUGGAACUGGCAGAGUUAGAACUGAAGCAUGCAAAGGGUAACCUACAGUUGCUGCAGAACUGCCUGGCAGUGUUAAAUGGAGACACAUAAGCCAUACUCCACCUUCCAGUUAAAAAGGGCUGCCUUCCUUCAGAUUCUAUUUUUUUUCUUAAUGAUGUUAGGCAUUUUACUGCUCACUGGAAACAAAAGAAACAGCUGACAAAGUGCAUCUCCUCCCUUUUUCUGAGAAACAAUGGAGCAGUGCCUCCCACGAGUGCUGCCAAUUGCAGGUGGUGGGACCUGUGCCUGUACCCUGGACAGAUGCCUGUCAUCAUGCCCUACUCCUCUUCAGAAGCCCAAAGUUCAGUCUUUUUCAAGUAGCCUCUAUAACUGUGUUUAUUUUAUGAGUAGUAUUCCUUAUGGCUGCCAGUCUUAUUUACCUUUAAGUAAUUUCUGACGUUUAACCGUUUCAAAAUACAUUGUUCAAACCAGUUAAGGAUUGCCAUUACCUUUUUUUAAAUUUUGUUUUAAAAAAACAUUGUACACCAACCACCUUAGUCCACUCUUGUAUCCAGGUAAAGCAUCUUAAUCAGACUUAUUUUUAAUUAAUGAACAUUUCUUAGAAGUUUUGGGACAGACUUUAUGUAAUCUUUUUAAGUAUGAUUUCUGAAGAAAAGCAGAUGCAUUAGUACGUUUGCCUUAAACUUGUAGACUAAACCAACUAUUGUCAAAUAAACAGUGAUAACAGUGAUAGUUUUUAACUCUGUGGUCAUUGUAUCACUCUAAAUUUGGAGUAGCUGUAAUAAAUCUACUCCUGUAUUUUGCUUUACAGUGCAGGUCUUAGUUUUUUGUUUUUUGGUUUUUUUUUUAAUGGCACCAUUGAGGAAUUCCCUUGUGGCACAGAGGAUUAAGGAUCCUGAGUUUUCCCUGCAGUGCCUUGGGUCUCUGCUGUGGUACAGGUUCAUCCCUGGCCUGGGAACUGCCUCAUGCCACAGGUGUGGCCAAAAAUAAAAAUAAAAUGGCAUAUUGAACCAAGUUCACCAAUCACUUUACGAAAAAAUGAACUGCUUCUCUGUGUCCUUUCAGCACUUCCUGUAAGAUAGAAUUGGGCAGAGGCAGGUCAAAGACAGCUAUUUCUAAAAUACAGGAGCAGAGAGUAUGGUCUGUUGUGAUUUCCAGGCUUCUACCCUGCCCCAGUUGAAGCAGUUAACCAUGCAGCAUAAGGCCAGUGUAUAUAGAUUGGUACAUAGAGAGAAAGAGGGCUGCUGUAGGGAAUAGCACUUGUCAGUGGAGAAAAGGUUGGAAUAUUUGGAGUGAAAAUUACAAUGCAAAAAGAUACUAAGGAGUUCCUGCUAUGGUGCAUUGGGUUAAGGAUCUAGUGUUGCUGCAACUGUGGUAUAAGUCAUAGCUGUGGCUCCUAUUCAGUCCCUGGCCUGGGAACUUUCAUAUGCCCCUGGUCCUUUAAAAAAAAAAAAAAAAGAUACUAAUUAUCAGUAGCAACAUAACAUAUUAUUGGACUUUCUAAUGUGAAUGAACAUUAAACUUGUCUCCUACAUGUAAACCAUAGGCAUUUGGGUUGGUCACCCCUCCAGUAGAUUCCUAGUUUUUCCCAAACCAUUCUGAAGAAGGCCUUCCUGGAUCUCAGGGCUAGUCGCUGUGAUUCUAGCCUUCAACCACUGCUUGUCUCUUGCCUCGCUGGUGUGCUGGUCAGUGUUUCUCUCUUUUAUUGACGUUCCUCAGUGCAUUUGAAUUGUGGAUGUAUGUGUCAGCUGAGAGCUUGUUUUGUCACCUGUGUCACCUUCAGUGGUGAGAUAUGCCCCUGCAAUGCCCACCAGUAGGUGAGCAUGAGUUGGAUUGCUCUAGCUUCUGGAUUCAGGGCAAGUACCUUUACCCACUGCCCUUAUGGCCUUGGACAAGUUUGCCCAACAUCUCUGCCUGUUUCUCUACAAUAAAGGAUGCAAUUGACCUACCUCACAGGGCUGUUGUGAGGAUUAAUAAAUGUUGGUACAGCGCUUUGGAAAUGUG